AUGUCUUCCUCUUUUGCCACAUCCACCUUCCCAGGCACGACCCAAGUAUCCCCCUUCACCACUCUCCCACCCGUGUCGCCAAGCACAUGGGCAAAGUCUGCAACAGAGGCAGAAUCGCUCCUCGCAUCGCCAACCUCUCUACCAACUACUUCCCCUUACUACUAUUCCACCGAUAGCGAUGGUCACACGACGACGUUUGCCGUGCUUCCAGGUACCGCGACAGGAAGUCCAACUGGGAGCUCAUCAAGCAAGACCACCACGAUCAUCCUUGGUGUCAUCUUGCCUGUUGUUGUAAUUGGCGGUCUGAUUGUGCUCGCUCUACUUGUUCUGCGCCGGAGGACGCGUAGACGACGUCAAGCAUGGAGGGCGCGUUAUCCCAGCCAAUGGAGCUGGGACGCGAAGUAUCACGACGCGGAGCCUGAUCCUACACCCCUGGAUGCAACCUCAUUAGGGCACGCAAGACAGGACUCGGGGUACGAAUUCGCACCCUCCCACUCCCGGUUUCCCUCCUCCGACCUACCCAAAACACCUCAGCGUCAACCCAGUGUACCACCGACUUCACACUACCGCGAUCGGUCGAUGUGAUCUCCCAUGCCUUCCUGUUAGAAUCUGGGCAAAGUCUCUCAUCAUCUUUCAAUAAGAUCUUUUACUCAACCGUUUGUCCUUGUUAAUGAUUCGAUUCGCACGCUUCAUACCACCUUUUC